GAUAGUUGCUCCUAUGCGAGCGAGUUGUCGGCCGUCACACAAAAUUUUAAACCGUAUUGUUAUCAAAACGCCAUUCAUGCCAUUUAUAAAGUGAUAUAAUAAUCUUAAACAAUAUUUGAAUUUGGAAUCAUUUGAAAUGCGAAUAGAAAUUCCAGAAUGCAGAAGGUGUUGUCUAUGUGUGCCGUUGAGAAUUGGAAUCAUUAUAUUUGGAUACUUGAAUUUGCUGUUCGCGUGCCUGGUGCUGUUCUUCCAAGUGGUGUAUCUGGUGGAAAGGGGCAAGGGUAUCGAAGGCAUGGGGCUGAACAGCCUGUAUGUGUACAAGGGCGCUGCGGUGUACACCCAGGUCUGGCUGCCAGCGCUACUCUAUAUACUUGAAGUGGUCUUUACUAUUGUGUUACUGGUUGGAAGUCAUACGAAACGUGUGAAGCUUAUCCGUGCUUACUAUUACUAUGGAAUAGCAACAACAGUGGCGGCUAUAAUGACUUUCUUCGUUGUUAGAUACGAAUCGAAGUUCCUUGAUUUCGAUGUAUUGGAGUUCAGCCUAGCGUUCUGUGGUUUCUUUCUACAUCUGUACCUCUUGUUGUUGAUAAGAAGUGAAUUAUCAAAGAGAAGGUAUAAUGAAGGUCGGAUGAGUUAUGUGAACCAUAUCACUGAAGUAACCUUCCACCCGCCACCUUGGAGAGAGGAAGAACGAAUGUGAAAAAAAAUUAUUCGUGUAAUUUAAUUUAGUGCUUAAGUAUUCUUUAUAAUAAUUGUGUUCUGUGCUAUGCCUUUUGUUAAAUAAUAAAAAAAAAUCAACGAGUUUUUUGUUGUGAAAUGAUGGGUUAUUAACCUAUUCCAAUUUUUUUCCUACCAAGAAACAUAAACCCAAAUACAUUAAACAGCACAGUUAGUUACAUAAUACCUAUUGUAAUUGCUCGAUCCGCCAUUUUGGAUUUUAUGUCAAAAGGGGUUUUGCAAUAAUCGACGCUGUAAACACUUUUGUGCUGACUUGUACUUUGAAGAUUAGAAACAUUAUACCUGGAGAGGAAUAAUUUCCUGUUAAAUAAAUAGUCUGGAUUAAUGUAUCUAUUUAAACGUGUGUAGAAAUAAAGUAUUUUUGUACU